GCAUUAACCAUCAUCCUGACCAACCAUUACUCGCCGCCACCAACACUCAACCACAACGCUUACGCCCUCCAAACAACUUACCCUCAAGCUCGUCCACAAUGGUGGCCGCCUAAUCAUGACGAGGGCAUCUGCCUAGUCUUCAUCAAUUCCUUCCAUAAUUCGACUGCAUCCCAGAUGGAGCAGCCGUAAAGAGACCUUGCUCGCGAGCGCAUAAUCGCCCACCGAACUCGGGUCUCGAGUCCCUAUCGACUAUCUACAGUCGCACGCAAUGCCACCAGAGGUCGCCGCGUCGGGCGUCACACAGCUCGAGUGGCCCGAAGCCAGGCCUAGCAGCUCAUCGCAUCAAGGCGAAGGGCGAGGCAAUGCCAAGAAGGGACAGCAUCAGCAGCGCAGUCGUGGUGGUCCACGCGAAGAAGGCAACACUUCGCGGACUCGACGACAUCCACCGCGUAAUGCGCAUGGAGAAGAAGCGUCUCUUGUCAGCUCCGAUGGACCAGGCAGGCGUAGGCGAGAUGCUGGAGAUCCAAGUAGCUCCGCCACUGCCGCACAGCCAAGCCCUUUUGCUAAUGGCACUGUCAGCCUCAUGAAGAGGGAGAAGCCAGUCGAUCCAGCUGAGACAUUGUCGACCUCUCUCAAUGCUACUGCAUCUGUGACACCAGCCCAGCCUCGUCGGUCCAACGAAGACUCUCGCGGUCCCUCAACAUCUGCUUCCGGAGGCCUGCUGCAGAUACCUGCUGAUGCUCGCGCCCAAGCGCAGCAACAGCCGCAGCAGCCGCGUAACCACCCACAUUCUCAUCAGCAUCACCACCAUCAGCAUCCUCAAAGACGCCCGCAAGAUCGAGGCGGCCGUGCACCCCGAGGCCCUUCACAUCGCGGAGGCAGCGACGCGCCAGAGCGCGCUUCGGCCUCCGGCCAUCCUCAACUCUUCGACCCUAAACGUCACGAUGCCCUCAGCUUCGCCAAGGGUCUUUCCACCACGAGCCAGUCAGAUGCUCGCUCCUCGACAGCAGGCAGCACUGCUCCCACAUCAGCCCCCUCCAUCGCGUCGAGCGAAGGCAGGGAGAGGGGGAAGCGACGCCAAGGCGGUAGCGAGCGAUCAGGACCGGCAGCCGGCACGUCAACAAAGAGCUCGACGUCACGCAGCGGUGGAGGGAGAGAUCCAGCCAAUUACUUAGUCAACGAGCUAAAACGCAUCUAUCGAGAAAUCUGCGCCCUCGAGACCAAGCUGCAAGAUGACCACCGUAAGCAGCGUGCGAGCGCAGCAGAACAAAGUGCAACUCGCCAUCAGAUCGCUGCAGUCGAUCAUGCUUUCUGGCUCGACCUCAUUGAACAACACAAGCGCCUCAUCGACCUCCACUACGCCUUCCUCGACUCGGCUCUCCAACCGGGCUUGCCACCCUCUCUGCGUUCUCUCCCUCUAGACUACGAGAUACCCGUGCGCGUCUGGCAGACGGGAUGUCAUCUACUCAUCGAGUCGAUGCGGCAAAGCCUGCCUUACCCCUCCGGCGCCUCCGAAGGCCAGAACGUCACCGAUGGAGAUCGACAGACACAGGCUGCGCUGCUCGAUCAUCUCAACGACUUCAUCUACUCUUCAUACCGCUUUUAUACCAAUCUUCUCGAGGCGGAACAUCUCACCACGUUCAGAAAGGCUUGGCUGGAGAGUCUCGGCGAUCUGGCACGUUACCGGAUGCUGAUGGCACGGCUGGCCAGCUUGGCCGGGGAGGACGAAGGAGAAUCUUCGACGGGGAAUAUACGCAAUAAGGCCAGUAGAGAGGAGAGAAGAGGGGGAACGACGAGAAGCAAGCCUGCGCCCGAGACGUUCGCGCGCAUCGACGAUGAUGACCACGCUCAUGGCCACGACUCUCAUGACGCCAAGCGCGCCGGCCCCGCAGCGGUUGAGGAGGCCUCCAUUGGCAGCGCUGCACUAGGUGACUGGGACCUCGAAGAAAAGGAAACAUGGCGCACAACCGCCAAGGGUUGGUAUGCUCAGGGUCUAGCCGAGAUGCCGGGCACAGGACGACUGCACCACCAUCUCGCUGUGCUCAGCCGCAGCGACGAGCUCAAGGCCCUUCAUCACUUCUGCAAGAGUCUGACCGCCGCUCAGCCCUACAGUGCUGCGCGCGAGUCUCUCCUCCCGCUCUUUGAUGCCUCUCACCAGCGUAGGCGUGUCGAGCCUGAGGCAAGCCUCGUGGACCUCUUCGUGCACAUGCACGGCAUGAUGCUCACAAAGGUGCAGCUGGACGACUUCGAUGCCGUGCUUGAACGAUAUGAGGAGCAGCUCCUUACGAAGGUGGAAGCGUUGGGAUGGCAGCUUGGAAUCGGAGUCAGUCAGCUGAUGAUGAUGGCCUCGGUGAAUCUUGCGGCGCUGAUGCAGUAUGGCGCUGAGCGAGCCGUGCUUGCAGAGGUGCCGGACGCAAGCGCAAAGAAGCUCAUCGCAGGUUCAGCAGCUGCAGCCAGCAGUAGCCCAAGAGCUCAAUCCAUCUCGCCAUUGCCGGGUCAGCCUGCCGCUGAGGACGACGAGUUGCCGAUUGUGCUGCAGUGCGCUAUUCGCCUGGCCUUCUGCACUUUCACCGCCCUCCUACCUAGCGACGAGCACUUCCAGUCACUCGACGCGGGCCUCAAUCCUUACGUGACGAUGCUCUGCACCCUUCUCUUCCGCCUGGCCAAGCUCCCCGGGCGCAACAGUAGCAGCAGCAGCGACCGCAGCGAUGUCUCUCAAGCUCAGCCAUCUCGCCGGCUCAGUGUGCUGGAACAGGCCGUUCCCUGGCGACGCCUCGCUUCUCUAUCUCCACUGAUCUGCACCGUGCCUCAACCCUCACCUGCCAAGCUCAACAGUGCUGCUCCUUUACCAGAGGACUGGUGCCUCCGCGGUCUAAGCUGGACGGGUCGCAAGAUAUUCGAGAAGGACUACUGGCGUGUCACGACACCCUCUCUCCCCGCGGGCAGCAGCAUACCAGGCGUCGGCGCCUCCUCGCUUUCCUCUGUGCCUACGUACGAGUCAGAGGUCGACGUUUUGGACUCUGCAGCGCCGGAAGAGGCACAGUCUCAUCUAUUCGCUAUCAGCUCCCCGGUUGAAGCCGACGCGGCGGAUAAGGCCGCGGUGCUGAGGAGACUGAGAAAACACCGCAUCGCGCUUGCACUUGGCGCUUUGGCUGAUGUGGUGCCUGGCUUUACCCGCGAAGAGGCAGGAGAAGAGGUAGAGAAGAACCCAGACUCGGGUCGUAGGAUCGUGAUACGCUCGCCUCUCUCAGACAAGCUGGAGCGCUGGGCACUCGAUGCGAAAGAGAAGGCCGAAGAGGUGGAGAAGCUGAACAAGGCUACUCGCGACUUUGGAGCCGCAGUGCUCGAUGAGAGUGCGGAUGAGAUGGCCAGCGGCGAGGAUGAGGAGCAAGACGUGGAUGACGAGGACGACACAGAGGAGGUGCGAGCCCUCAAGGCUAAGAGAAGAGAGUUGCGCGAUAUGCUGCGUCAGGGCAACGCCUCGUCCGACGCCGCCCUUGCAACGGGCAAGGCGCGGGCUCAAACGAGGGACGAGCAUCCCCCGCCCCUCCCAGGGUACACGACCCUCGUUCUCGACACCAAUCUCUUCCUCACCUCCUCCAGCCCCUCCAGCCCUCCCACCUCCACCCCUCCACCAUCUCUCGCGCAAUCCCUCAUCCUCAGUCACGCCUACACGAUCAUCAUCCCCCUCGCAGUCCUCACCGAACUCGACGGACUUUCCCGCAAUACCUCCGAUGCUUCCUUGGCCAAUCGUGCUCGUAUGUCGGUCCAAUUCCUGGAAUCUGCAGUUCGCACACACAGUAAAUGUCUCAAAGUUCAAACGAGCCGCGGAAACUAUCUCUCAGAUGUGCGGGUUCGCACAGAGGAUCUCUCCACGGGUGCGGGGAGGGAGGGGAGACGGACGCUGGAUGAAGUUAUCCUCUCUGCUUUCACCUGGCAGCUGGAGCAUUGGGUCGAUCGUCUACCCUUACUCUGCCCUUCCUCUUCUUCUGCGGAUCUCUCCUCGGGGGGUCUAGCGGACCUGGACACGCAAAGGGCGAAGGUGGUAGAGGGGAAGACGCCCAAGGUUGUGCUUUGUACGCUUGAUCGGGGAUUGAGGCUGAGAGGCAGGGCGGUUCUCAGCGGAAGUCACGACGGUGGAAGAGGGACGAGCACCGAGGGAGCGGUUGCGGGACGGGAUGAGGUGGGGCGAUUGAUCGAGUUGGGUGGAGGUAGUGGUGAUAGCGAGGAAGAGAGGAGGGAAUGA